AUGCUUGUGUUUCAGCCGCCGGAGAACGAGCUGCAGAAGGUCGGGGAGCGUGUGAUGUCAGAGCACGAGCUGAGGGUGCAGAGAAGCUUACAAAGACUCAAUGUUCCAGAAUGGUUUAAGAACAGCCAGGUACCGCAGCAGGGAUUCUUACUAAAACGUCAUUCAGAAGGUGGUGGUGGCGGUACGACACAAGGCUGGCAAGGGCUCGUAUCCAAGACUACAUCCUUAUCAAGCUUAGGUUCAAGAAGUCCGACUGGUAACCUACUCAGUCCGAGCCCUACUCCUAGCACCCACACAUUCACUCGAUGGAGCACCACACGCCUCUCUUCUAACCCCGGUUCUACUUCCACAUCACCCUCCGGUUCCGCUAGAUCUUCCUUCAACUACCGCCAGCCCUAUCUCGGUUGGAGGUCUCAAGAACGUCUCACUCAUCCACGAACCCCUGCUGAGAGGCUUGCUGCAGGGCUCCUUCCUCAAAAACAGGCUACCCCACCGCCGGUCCAUAACCUGAGCGAGGUCCAUAGCUCCAUAAAAGAGGUUACUUCCGCUAUAGUUCAUUACGUCUCGGGCGCAAAUAAGGACGACAGGCUUUCUCCUAACCCUCCGAGGCAUGACUCGGGGUCUUCAAGGUCUGCUUCGCCGAGAGGGAGCACAGGACGCCUCUGCUGGCUCGAGAGCUCCUUCGUCGGUAACAGGCCUGUAGACGUCCCCGAGACGCCAGUCUCAUUGACUGCGACGCCAGAGCACGCCAAGGACCUCUACCUGGACCUCAACUCUAUCAGUCCCGGCCGACAGGUCAACGGUGAGUUUGAACUGUCGUUUCGAUAUCAACUUUUUUAA